UCGAUCAGCGACACACACCGUAUACCACACGCGACUCUGCCACCUGCUCGCAGCUAUUACAGACGUCGUCGUCGUCGUGGUCGCCAGAUAACCGUUUUUCAGUUUUCAAACGAUUAAACAGCAAACAGACAAUAAAAAUAUAAAUUAUCUAAUAAUCGACACUACCUACUGAUAUCGAUGAGCGCACAUUAAUCGCAAAGUCACGACAGUGUAUUCGUAUGGUAUAUCUGUGGUCGUAGCCGGUUUAGUGUUUUUUCUCUUUCUCUCUCACUCUCUCUCUCUCUCUCUCUCUCUCUCUCUCGUCCAAUGGACCGAAUGGAGGAGAAGUCGGCUGGCGUCGUCGACCGCGCACAAACCGUGCAGACCGCUGACGGAGAGAAAAACAUGAGCACUUUCGGCGGUGGCGUUCGCCCGGCAACCGACGAUCGCACCGAUGACCACCACAGUCCAAGCUUAGUCGGCGGUCUUGAAGACCACGUCCCGGUAGACGACUGUGUCUCUAGCAACAGCAAAGGUCGCGAAGGUCCAAACAGUCUUGGUGCCGUGCCCGUGGACGGGCGAUUGGCCGGCAAUCGUACCGGUGAGCAGAAGACGAUCAGCGUCAGUUGGUCGGGAGAAGAGCGAAUCGCUGACGAGUUUCCAUUAGAAUGGCAAACCGCCGACGACCAGACCGAGACCGCCAUGCAGAUAAACGACGAGGACAUGUUACCGUUGUUGAUGGUCGGUAACGAACCGCGGUACAGAGAUCAAAUGGUACAGGUGCCCAUCUCACGAUUACCAAGCAAUACCAAGAGGUGCGUGCUCACGAUGGACGGUUAUUCGUACGUGAUCGUAAAAAUUGAUCAAAUGAACGCGCCAACGGACAACGCAGCCGCUCGAUACCCAUUCGUCCAAAUCGUGGCUGGCCCGCCAGACUCCGAGGAUCCGUUUGACGGAAAUAGAGAUGAUCCGGUAUUUAUGGAUACAAACGAAGGCACUAGUAGCACACAGGACUCAGAUCAAAAUUCGAGACAAGGUGCAUUGACAAUUGUACGCCGAAGCAGCCAGAAGAAAAGUACUUAUUCGGACGAAUAUAGUAUGGCUUUGUCCAGAGAAAAUGAAUCGAUGUUAGACGAAGUAGAUCUCAGCCUUGACGGAAUGCCAUCAUUUGAUUCGUCAGAAGCAGUCGAUAAAGCAGCACUCAGAUUGCGUUGUCUGUUGCGCCACUUGAGAAAAGGAGAAAUAUCUGCCGAAGUAUUACACAAAAAUUUAUUUUUCGCUGCUAAAGUAUUGGAAUCAGCAUUUAUGGACGAGGAACAAAUUAAUUGCGAUUUGAAAAAUAGUCAAGAGGAAAUGGAGGAAAUUUCGAAAGCACCAGUACCAUCAACUUCAUCGGCCACUGCAACUACUUCACCAGUUAUCCGACAAAAACGACUCCGUGCACCCAUAUGGGCAAGACGAUUGGCUGCAGAAGAGGACGACGAACUUUCGGAAGUACAACCGGACGCGGUACCACAAGAAGUUAGGGAUUGGCUUGCAUCUACAUUCACAAGACAAAUGGCUUGCACAAGACGCAAGGGUGAAGAAAAACCCAAAUUUAAGUCUGUUGCACACGCCAUUCGUGCUGGAAUAUUUGUUGACCGUAUGUAUCGUCGUGUGAUCAAUGCUCCAAUGAUGACAUUUCCAUCAGACGUUAUCGAAGUGCUAAAAGACUUAAAUGAUUGGUCUUUUGAUGUGUAUAAACUGGAUAAUUAUGGAAAUGGACAACCAAUCAAGUACUUGGGAUAUGACUUACUCAAUCGUUAUGGAAUAUUUCAAAAAUUUAAAGUUCCAUCGGUAGUGAUGGAGAACUUUUUAUGCAGAAUCGAAGAAGGCUAUUCAAGACAUAAGAAUCCGUAUCAUAACAAUUUACAUGGUGCUGAUGUCGCACAAACUGUGCAUUAUAUGCUUUGUCAAACUGGACUUAUGAAUUGGCUAAGUGAUUUGGAAAUAUUCGCAAUGCUAAUUGCUGCUAUUACACACGACUUUGAACACACCGGAACAACAAAUAACUUCCAUGUAAUGUCUGGCACAGAGAUUGCUCUAUUGUAUAAUGAUCGCGCUGUAUUGGAAAAUUAUCAUAUUAGUUCCACGUUCAGAAUAUUAAAAGAUGAUGACUGUAACAUAUUACAAAAUCUUACCAAAGAAGAAUUUCGUGAGUUCCGUACACUAGUCAUUGAUAUGGUAUUAGCAACUGAUAUGAGCUUCCAUUUCCAACAAUUGAAAACUAUGAAGAGUCUUUUAGCGUCACCAGAACCUACAAUCGACAAGUCCAAAGCAAUGUCAAUGGUGUUACAUUGUGCUGAUAUAUCACAUCCUGCCAAAGAAUGGGAUUUGCACUAUCGAUGGACAUGCCAAUUGUUGGAGGAGUUCUUUUUACAAGGAGAUAUGGAGAAAAAGUUAGGACUCCCAUUCAGCCCGUUAUGUGACAGAAAUAAUACACUAAUUGCUGAGUCUCAAAUCGGGUUUAUUGAGUUCAUAGUUGAACCUAGCAUGGCCGUGUGUAGCGAUAUGUUGGAAUUAAUUUUGGGUCCAAUCAAUUUGGUUAAUCCACCCAGGAAUAUUUCAAAUUUUGUGGUUGACGACAACGAUGAGAAAGAAGAUAAAUCAAACCAAUCCGACGUAGCUAUCGCAUGCACAGCAAUGAGCUGUAGUAUUGAAGAUAAAAAAGAUACAAAAGACAACAAAGAUAUCGAAGUUAAAAAUGAUACUAAAGAUAAGAAAGAUGUCAAAGAUACUAAAGAGACCAAAAAUACCGAAAGCACCAAAGACACUAAUGACUCGGAUUCUGUAAGCUCGGCAAUAAAACUCGAAGAAACAUCUGACAAAGAACCAAAACAAGAAACAAAUGCUGAAAAUCCCCAAACUAGCAAUAAAUUAUAUAAAAUAAAAAAACCAUGGAAUGAUUGUUUAGCCAUAAACAAAAUGAAGUGGAAAGUACAAGCAGCUAGAGAAGCAAAACUGAGAGAGUCUAAGACAAAAUAUACAAUGCGUGACAUCAGAAUGCCGCUUCCUGAUGAAAUUUCACAAGACGAUAACAAAUCAUCAUCAACAGAUGUGGAGAUAACAGAAUAAACGACUAUACUGCAGUUUGAUUUUUAGUCACAUGACUAUCGACAUGUAAUUAUUAGAUUCUAAAUUUGGAAUUUUGAAAUAUUAACAAUAUGUUGUAAAUAUUUAUUAGAAGUACUCUUCAUAAA